CUCAUUAGUCGUGCUGGAGGCUUCCUGAGGGUUGGACGAGCGCUCCACCUCUCUGAAGGCCGGUGGUGUACUACGUCAGCACAACAAACAGUGGAAGGAUAAGUGGGAGAACAGAUCAGAAGAACAGAGGAUAAAUAACAGAAGAGGCGUCAGUAGAGACAUCAUAGAACAGACGUCAGCAGGACAGCAACAGAAGAGACCUCAGCAAAACACAAAAAAAAAAGAGGUCAGCAAGCAAACAUCAGAAGAGGCAUCAAGAGUGCUGGUGUCAGCCGUUGUAGUGUCAGCAAGAUGGGAUUAUUCUCCUCAAAAUCUUCAACCAAGAUGAACAAGUCAGCAGUCUCCGAGGCUCAGGGGGCUGAUACAGUGGUCUCCGGGACUGCAGAAGUCUCCGGGGCUGACACAAUUGUCUCUGGGGCUCAGAGGGUUGACACGGAGGUCCCCGGGGUUAACACUGCAGUCCCCGGGGCUAGCACAGCAGUCUCCGGGCGAGCAACGUAGGCAAUAUGGCCAUGCAGGGAGGCAAGGACAUGGUGAUGGCACCGGCUACCAUGGCUGCCACUAUGGCAGGGGGAGCCAAGGACAUGGUGAUGGCACCGCCUACCAUGAUUGGCACUAUGGCAGCGGGGACGGGAGCUGUAAUAGCCGGGACUACUAACAUUGCUGGACAAGCGAGUUCCAAGGUCUUGCAGGGAGCAGACGCCGUGGUGUCUAGAACAACCCACCUGGCUGGUCAAGUGGGCUCAACAACACUACAGGUGCCCAGUGCGGCAGUGACUGGAGUCAACAACCUCACUGAUGCUGCUACUCUCUAG